CGCAGAUGGCGGCAUCUGCCUGCAAAUGCACAAGUCCCCACACGUCCAACUUCAUGAUGGAUGUGCUGUGGCGAGACCUCCAACACCUUCACGAGGCAUAGUGCCAGGCUGCUGGUGCACAGUCACCACCGAAUGCGCAUUCUGCCACCUCACCACCACCGUGUUUUCACCGCCAAACAAUGAGAUGCCCGCUUUCUCAGGUUGAGCCACCUCAGCACUUUUGCGCCAGCAGCAAUCUCUGCUCUGCGUUCUUCGAACUUCUGGUCUACCAUGGAGUCCGUCGCCGUACUCGCCGUGGCAGGCAAUGUGCUGCAGUUUCUGGAGUUCACUUGGAAGCUUUUCAGCAAUGCUGGAAAGAUCCUAGCGUCAGCUGGAAGUUCUAGCGAGGAAAGUGCUCACCUUGAUGAUAUUUGUCGAACACUGCAAGAUUUCACCACUCAACUCAAACGCGACACCUCUUCUAAUUAUUCCACAAGGAAAUGGGAGCCUAUGCUCACACGUGCCGAUGCGUGCGAGAGGGACUCCGAGAAGCUUUUGGCCAUCACGACAAAGCUAAGGGCGAAGACGCAGAACGGCAAAGCGUCGAAGUGCUGGGCCAGUUUCAAGAUCGCCAUUGCAGAGGUGUGGAAGGCAAAUGAGAUUGAAGCUUUGAUUUCACGGAUCUCCGAUCAUAGGAGCGGCAUCAUUCUUGAGCUAUGUGCUACGACAAGUGAAGUGGUCCAACGGAUGCAGUCUGACCUUCGACAAUGGGAAGCUUUCAACUCUCUAAGACACAAAGAGAUACAUAAUACACUGCAACCCUUAACGAAAUUGGUACAAGGACCCCACGGCUGCCCCAACACUCAACUUCAAGACCUGAACCAACUAUGCAUCGAUCUUCCGGCCUUGUCACUGGAUACUCGACAAUACGUACUUGAGGCCACUGUGUUGAAGUCUCUACAUUAUCCUGAAUUGUCACUCAGGCAUGACAUAAUACCAGAGCCACACGAAGUCACUCUUCACUGGGCAUUCCCACCAUCUCAAGGCAGCAACAUGGACGCCAUUGGUGGCAUUUGCAGUUGGUUAUCAGGGCCCGGAGGACUGUUCUGGGUGUCUGGAAAACCUGGUUCUGGCAAGUCGACCUUUAUCAAAUUCAUUGCCGACAAUAGCAACACUCAAAAGCUGUUGACCCAGUGGUCUAAGGGCCAAGAGGUCAUUCUGGCAGCACAUUACUUCACAAUCUACGGUACUCCAAUCCAGCGGUCUUUGAAGGGCUUGUUUCGGUCCCUUAUUUACAAGAUCCUAUCCCAAGAACCGACUCUCAUUCGAAAGGUGUUGCCACAGCGGUACAAGAACGACAAGAUUCAGGAACCUUGGAAGCAAUCCGAACUUCAGUCUGUCCUGAAGAAGCUUGCUCGAGAACUUGUGCAUUCCAGACUCUGCUUCUUCAUAGACGGCCUGGAUGAAUAUGCAGGAGAUCAGUUGGAUAUCUGCGAGAUCCUCCAAGACCUCUCCCGCUCACCAUGUGUCAAGCUUUGUCCGACCGUGGAACGUUUCGAGAAUGCGCUGGGAGGGGACACAGACUCGAAGCUGUAUAUGCAGGAUGUCACCCGAACCGACAUACAACAAUAUACGAAGACCAUGCUACGGUCUCACCCUCGUUGGGACAGCCUUGUCUCUGAGGCCGGCAGCGACAAAACAGACUCCCUGGUUCAGCAGAUCAUCGACAAAUCAAGCGGGGUGUUUCUUUGGGUGACGCUUGUGACUAGGCUUCUCCGCGAGGGCCUUACCAACGACGACAGUAUUCAAGAUCUGAAUAGACGUCUUGAAAACUUUCCUAGCGAGUUGGAACCGUUUUUCAGGCUCAUACUUGACUCGGUAGACCCUUUCUACCGAGAUCGAAUGGCGAGAGCACUUCUUUUUGCUUUGCAUGCGCAAAAGCCCCUUCAUAUACAGAUGUACAUGUUCCACGACAGAGAGUACGAGGAAGAAGAUUAUGCCCUCGGCGAGCCAGAGAGGAUGAUAGCUACCCUACAGCAACGAACAUCUCAGGCAGCCCGUGUCUUUCGGCGCGUGAACGGCUGGUGUAAGGGUUUGCUAGAACGCAAUCAUGAUCAGAUUGAGUUUCUCCACCGAACUCUUUAUGACUUUAUCGCCACCCCCGAGAUGCAGCAAACGCUGAAAGAAAAGGCAAAAACCAACAAUACCGAUUUCUGCCCGCUUCUCUCUCUUCUGAGAGCUUCAAUAGCCCACACAAAACGGUCUUGCUGGCUUCAGCCGCCUGCAUUCACUUCCUACGUAACGGCCCCGAAAGCCGAAGAUCCACUGGUUGCCCUAACCCCUUUCGCCAAGAUGGUAAAGGAUAUGAUGGACUAUGCUAGGAGGUUGGAAUCUAUGGGCGGAGAGACCCUUCUUUCCACUACCACCUUACUGGACAACAUGGACAUGAGCAUUGGCACAGUGGAGGCGAAUGGUGAAGUGCGUGAUACCAAAACCAUCACAAUAGCACGCGUGUUAUAUCGCUACCACGUCCUGGGAGCUGGUUUGGCGCGGUAUUUAGCCACAAAACUGCCGAGCACCACCUACUUUGAUAGGUCGUCGUUCGCUCUAUUCAUAUGCCAAUCUCCACUGUCGGUUAUUUUUGAACGUUCGCCCUCCAGCAAGGAGGCUUUUGGGUGGGUUGCUAAAGCCAUCAUGGAUUCCGGGUACAGCCCCAACGACUCCUUUCUUCCAAGUGAGGGUGGGCGAGAGAUGGAGUGCAAUAUUCUCUCCGCAAUGUGUAUCAUCACACACUACACACGAAUUUUCUCUCUUCGUCAGGGCACACCAUGGCAACAAUUGGUCGAAAUGACAACUUCAAUCGUCCUUGGGAAUGAAAACACGUCAUCGCCUCCAAAAACAUUGUCAGACUUCAUGACAGCUUUGGAACACGAUGCAUUUCUUCUUCUACUUGGAUAUGGUGCAAAUGUUAACAGUCUGGCCCUUAUUAAGGUCAGAGGAGAAACGUUCACGAUCCCCAUAUGGCUAAAUUUCUUGCUCUACACGGUUUACCUUCCUUUUUUCUCGAAACAUACGACAGCUUAUGAGACAACCCUAGAUCAGAUGUUGAAGGCUGCCGAGCCAGAGACUUGGUCACAAAAUCUCCGAGGUGCCGACCAUCAACACAAUGUUCCACAACUCAUCAAGGACUUGGCUGGUGGCCGUACGGUGCUUCAAACAUUUGCAAAGUCACUCUCUAGACUGACUCGAGUUGAAAGAGGUAAAUUUGCUGGUGGUGGAGAUUUGGUUGUCAGAAUAUUGCCCGAAAGCCUCAACAAGGAGGCUUUCGCCUUGUUGGAACCACUGGGUCUCAAUGUUGUGAUGGUGGAGGAGCUCCGGCGUGAUUGUGAGAACAUGAUACCUGCGAGAGGUGCCAAGCGGGGUUUGUCGGUAGCAAAGUUUGCGACUGAUGAUGUUCGUGACUGGAAAAUAGCCAAGCGACUUUAA